UUGACCUACAUGAAACAACAGUAUCAACCAGGAAGUGAACGGACCCGGACUUACUCCUCGUGCCUGUUUGGCUUAAAGACAUGGCUGAAUAAAAAUAAAUCGAAAUAAAUCGAGUUAAACUAAAUAGUACUUAAGAAGGGAAUAUCGUCAUACUUACAUCCAGCUUCAAGAUCGAUCCGGCGUCGAUGUCGGUCCAGGAUCGGGGGUUCUGGUCGCUGUGCGAGCAUCAGGUUUGUCUUGUCUAAUGUGAGCAGAACUGCUUUCAACAUGUCACCGCCUCAGAAACAUCACCUGUCCCUCCUGCUGCUUCUCGCGGUCCUGCUGCCCGCCGGCUGGACAGCCGACGGGGCUAACAAUGGAUCAGAGGCGGAGGGUGUGUCCUCCGCUCAUCCGGCCUGGACCGGCGUCCCCUCCGGCGGGGACAUAACGGUGAAGGAGGGAUCCAGCGUGCUGAUCGAGUGUAACGGGACCGCAGGCUACGAUGACAUCAAGUGGUACAACUCUAAAGGGCCUCUGCUCGGCGGAAAGUGGCAGAUUCAGGAAGACGGAGCCCUGAACAUCACAGAGGUCUCCUUCGAGGACCGCGGCCGCUACACAUGUGUCUCCUCUGGUGGCGCCGGCGCUGCCAAAAACUACACGGUCACGCUCCGCGUGGCCCACGGCACCGGCACCGGCCUGGGCCUGUACUACGUCAUUGUCUGCCUGGUGACGUUCACCAUCAUCAUGAUCCUCAACGUGACGCGCCUCUGCAUGGUCAGCAGCCACCUGAAGAAGACCGAGCGGGCCAUCAACGAGUUCUUCCGCACAGAGGGCGCCGAGAAGCUGCAGAAGGCGUUCGAGGUCGCCAAGCGCAUUCCCAUUGUCACGUCGGCCAAGACGCUGGAGCUCGCCAAGGUGACGCAGUACAAGACCAUGGAGUUCGCGCGCCACAUGGAGGAUCUGGCCCGGAGCGUCCCUCUGCCGCCGCUCAUCCUGAACUGCCGCACGUCCGGGGAGGAGGGAGUCGAGACGGCGAACCCGGGGCUGCACCCCGUGGAGCAGGCCGGGCCGUCGGCGUCCAGGAACAGGCAAGCUAUAGGCCCCUCCUACGCCGACCGAUACGGGGAGGGGGCGGAGGUGUGUCAGGCGCUGCUGUCAAAUGGAGGGAAAAGCGAUGUCAUAGUUUCAGUUCACACCAUUUCCGGGGAGGGGGGCGACGAGGAUAGGCCGGGCACACAAACGAGUGCUUCCUAUGAGAGCAACGUGUAAACCACCAUUGGCUCAAGGUAGCGUGCCAGCAUCAAAUGGGGCUUUGAAAGAGGUCAUUUGGCAUGCAAAUUUGCCGUUUGGCUUGGUACCAAUACCGUGACUUUGAUAACUGUUUCUAAACAACACUUUUUGGAUACCAAUUUUAUAAAACAAAAA